AUGUGGGAUUAAUCAUUUAAGUAAGUUCCAGACUAAAAUAUAGCAUUGGUAUUUGACUAAGCUGUAAAUCCAUUCUUAAUAUUUAGCUCAAUGCAAAUGAUGAUUACUUGAGGUUGUUGAAAAUUACAGAAGGUAUAAAAUAUGUAACUUAAAAAUUGCCCUAAGCAACUACAUUUUCUAGUUCAAAACUAUUGUUUUAACGUAAGCUCUAUUUUACUAAUUUGAUAGUAAUGUGUUUAUAUCCCUUUUAAAAAUCAAACAUAGAAUCUUUGAUUUCUGCAUUUUUUGAGUAUUUCCAGGAUUUUCGUUUCAUAAGUUGCUUCUUUGAGGCUACAUCAGACAUUUCUAUGCUCCAGGAAACCAGUACUUAGUCCUUAAAGUAAAGAAUUACAAUGUUAUAACGGUUUAACAAGUAUAUAUCAAUUAAAUUUCAAAGCAAGCCAAAAGAUGGUCAUGAUGGGCAAUAGUUCAGUUAGGCAGUGGCUUAGGAAAUAGUGACAAUUAAAUUGUUUACUGUAAACUACUUAAAGAAAUUCUUUGAAUUGGCAAAUAAUUUGUAGUUGGACUUCCAACUUUAUUGUUUAAUGUUCAAACAUUAUAUUCAAAACACUACUAAUCAAAAAUUAUUAGAAAAGGUGAUGGAUUGCUUUUAGGACUUAAGAUUUACAAUUUUUGAUAAAUGUAGUUGGGUUAAUUAAUUUAGCGAGGAAAUUAUUAUUUGUAACAAUAUUUGGUUUAUAGAUUUAGUUUUUAAAAACACUCCAAAGUUAUUUCCAUCUUACUCUAAAUACAAAAUAGUUGUAAUUGAAGAAGAUUCAGAUACGGAGAUUGUGAGUUAAACUUAAAUUACUGUAACUUAACAAUAAAAUAAAAGAAGGUCUUAUGUUUCAUCUGAAUAAGACCCUAGUUUAUAUAUAUAAAACUUAUGCUGUAAAUAAGAUCCUGACUAACCACUACAACAUAAUUCAGUUUUUGAAGAAAUUGAGAAUAUCGACAUAUUGAUUUAGUUUGUUUUAGAUCCAAUUCAAAUUUCAAUAGCCUCUCUUUGGGUAAUCAUUUCAAACAAUUUAGAAUGAAAAUUUCCCAAAAUUGCCUGAUAUCAUAGACAAUGAAAAAAAUAUCUUUAAAUCCAAAUCGACUAACAAUUUGAGUAAAUAUCAAGUUUUUAGAUCUUAUAGAGCCUUGUAAAUACUCACAAACAUAGAAAACUUUAAAAAUUUAUUAGGCCAAUAUUCAUAAAUUUUUGCGAAAACAUGUAAAUUAAUCAUUAAAAUUAGUCUCCUUUAUCAAUAUCACUUUGUAUGAUGAGACUAAAAAUAUCAAUUUGUAUCAUCUGGCUGUGAUGAUAAAAUUCUUAAUCACCUUAUAACCUAAGUUUUGUAUUAAAUAACUUAUAGAACAAAAGAUAUUUCCUAAACUAUUAGAAUUGUCUUAUAAUCCUUAAGUAAACUAACUGUUGACAGAAAUGAUCAAUUUUAAUGAAGAUAUUAUUAAGUUGGGAAUCUACUAUUUAGAAUAGUUAUGGUCAUAUUUACACUCAUUUAAUUUUUUGUAAUUACUUUCUAAUUAUUCAUUCGAUGCAUAACUAGUUGUAGACAUUCCCACUCCUGAUUAAACAGUAAUAAUCAUUACUAUGAAAGGCUUACAAUGAAAUAUUUCAAGUAAUUAAAGCUUUAUCUAUAUUUGAUCCGCAGAGAAUGUAAAAAAAGUUGCUUAAAUAAGAAACAUUAGAUAUUUAAGAGAUGAACACUGCGCAAUCUAAAAACGAUUAUGAUAAUUUAGAAACCUUUUAAAAUGAAAAGCAAGAAAAACUGAAAAGAACAGAAGAUGAUUAAUUCAGAAGACAAUCUUCCAUUUCAAUGAACCAAAGUAAUAGCAAAAUUCAUUAAAUCUAAAAAAGAAAAUCAAAUAAUUUUUAUUUACCUAAAAUAUAAUCAAAUACAUCUUGUUAAGAUGGAGAUGGUAAGUAAAUAAACAAUAGUUAAAGUAUAGAUAACAAAAUGAACUCUGGAAACAUAAAGACAUCUCCUUUAAUGAGAAGAAGAAAUCAAAACUCUCAACAUCAAGGCAAAAAUAAAAUGAAAACUGAAUAAGACACUGAAUUAUAUUCAAAUGAUGGAUUUUCAAGCAGUAAACUUGUUUAAAUAUAUCCUACAACUAAGUCAGUUAUAUUUUUAUCAGAUUUUGAAAAAGAAAAAUCUUAGUUUAAUAAAAAUAAUAUAUCAGAAAACCAUUUGAAAAUGUUACUUCAUUUAUUUAAUUAAUUAAUUGUCUAUGCUGAAAAGCAAUAAGAAUUGCAGAAACGAUUACCAAAAACAUAAAUUUUUAAUGUUGAUAAAUUUGCAGAUUUAAUAAUAACUGAAAAGAAUAUAUAUUCAUUGUUUAAAGUGUUUCUAUAUUCAAUUUUGGAAAUCCCACAUAAUCCAACUUCUAUGUCUGUGGAGUGUGGACUCUUAUUACAUAAUCUUUACAUUAAAGUUAAGACUAUAUAAAUAUUUGACAAUUACAAGGAGAUGUUAAAAAAUUAAUUUUAAUUAGUAAUUGAUUAUUUAGUUAAAUGCAUAGUUUAAUUAAAUUCAAUUAAAUAAAAGCUAGAUUCCUCAUCCUUUGCCUUUAAAUAGUACAUUUUGGUUUCCUUAAUGACCAAUGGAUUGCUCUUAUAUGACAGAUAAAAUUAUAUGAUCAAAGUAGAUAAAAAUUAAAAAAGUGUCUUCAGGAAUUUAACUGACACCAUGCUCCAUAUUAUUAUCAUAUGGUUUUCAGAUAGUUAAUAAAAUACAAUUUAUUAACAGACUUUCACUAAAUUUAUUACCAUAUUUUUUGCAGGAGCCCCUAUGCCUUACUUAUCAAAUAUUAUUUUUAAGCUAGGAUUAGUAAGUUCCUUAUAUAAUGCAUAUACAAAGUUUUAUUAAAAUGAAAUUAAGGACACAUCAUAUGUAGAAGGCAUAUUUUUUUAUAUUCUAUUAAUAAAUUACAUUAUAAGAAAUGCAAUCAAAUUGAGAAAUUUAAAUGAUUUACAAAGUGCUCUUGUUAUAUUAGACUCAUGGUAAUAACUAGAAUAAGCUUAACCAUUUGAAAACCCUAUGGCCCUAAGAAAUGCGGAUUAAUUAAUUAAGGUAGAAUAGCCAAAAUAAGUAGAAAAAGUAGUACCCAAAAAGAAUGAGGAGAGGAACAUGAAGUUAAUCAAAACGAAAACAUAACUUAAUCAAAAAGUCAAUUCCCUUAUGUCCUUAUAAAAGUAUAAUAGUAAAAUGUAUUUUUUAGAAAAAUUAGCGAACCUAAUGCUGGCCUCAAUGCGCAAACAUCAAGACCGGAAUAAUCAUAAAGAAAAUUAAUUUGA